AUGAGCAAACUGCGCAUACUGUGCUUGCACGGCUUCACGUCGAACGGCUCAGUACACGCCCUCCAGGUGCGCCGCAUCACUGCCCAGCUGCCCGACUAUGACUUCCUUUUCCCGGACGGGCCACAUGUCGUGGAUAUUGCAUCGCAAAUGGACAUGACGAAGCCUGCAAACCAGGUCUGGUCAGAUCUCGUCCUAUCCUCAUCGCAGUCAGGUCAUCGCGCGUGGUGGUACGCACGAGACGGCAAUUUUCACAACAAGGAGUCUGGCGACUUCGUUGGCUUCCAGGAAUCGCUGGAGUAUCUUGGCAACUAUCUCAAAGAAUCAGGCCCGGUACAUGCAAUAUGGGGCUUCAGUCAAGGAGCGUGCUUCGCCGGCAUGCUCUGUGCACUUCUACAGCCCAAGUUGGCCUCACAUCCCUACCGGAAGCACAUACCGGCCAAUGUCACGGGCACGCCUUUAGCAGGAGUGAUUUUCUCCGGCUUUCGUGCGAGGUUUCCACAAUACGACGGCCUUUAUGAGCCAGGUAUCGACGUUCCAACUUUGCACGUCAUCGGAGAGCAGGACCCUUUGGUCGGGAGUGAGAGAAGCGAAGCACUCAUUAAGAUAUGUCACGACUCUGAAUUCCUGAAGCAUGCGGGUGGUCAUGAUAUCCCUAAGGGCGAGGCCGAUAUUGCAAAGAUUGUGGAUUUCACAAAGCGGCACGUGAAGGAGAACUCAUCUGUGCAGGCGUCAAUGUGA